ACACGCGUAUUAGGCGAACUUUUAACACGAUGCCCCAGCCAGCCCUCAAACGCGGCGCAUUGAUCGUUUUCGAAGGCUGCGAUCGUACUGGAAAGACUACUCAAUGUAAACGGUUGGUCGAUAAGCUCAAAGGUGCGGGACUCGAAGCAAUGUUCAUGAACUUUCCGGAUCGCUCGACACAAUGUGGCCAACUGAUAAACGGCUAUCUAAUGCGCAAAGACGACUUUACUGAUGAAGGGAUCCACCUGAUGUUUACACUAAACCGCUGGGAAAAGAUGAAGGAGAUGGAGAAGCAUUUGAACAGUGGCAUAAGCCUUCUCAUUGACCGGUACUCUUUUUCGGGGGUUGCUUUUAGUGCCGCAAAAGGUUUGGACAUCGAAUGGUGUAAAGCACCGGAAGCUGGACUGUUGAAGCCGGAUUUAGUUGUUCUAUUAACGGUGGAUGCAGAAACGCUCGCAAAACGUGGUGGUUUCGGCGACGAGCGUUACGAGGUGGCUGAGUUUCAGAACAAAGUGAUGAAAAUGUAUCAACUGUUGAAAGAUGAGGAAUAUUGGAAAGAAGUAACCGCUAGUAAGCCACUCGACGAGCUAACGGAUGAAUUGCACGGCUUAGUGUUGAAUACAAUAAAACAUUGCAAAGAUAAAGCUUUGCAGAAACUCUGGUAA